AUCGGCUUGUCAUGGCAGGCGUCCCUGUCAUACUCGCAAGCAAUCGAUCGGUCGCACUGUUUACUCCCGUUUUCACACCAAUACACCCACCAAGGGUAUAAAAGUUUGUUGUAAAAUGCAGCAUAGUGUUCGUAACAACGUCAGAACGGGUCGAAGAGCUGCGAAUUGUCUGCCUUUUUGUGACGCGCUUCGAUCGGACUCCAUCUUUAGGGAUUCAGGUAGUGCAAAUUGGUUUGAUGAGUGACGAACCAUUUGUGUGCUUUGGAAUUGUUCAAGAAGAAAGCAAUCUCGCCGGGCGGAACAUAAACUAUUUGCAAGUUUUCAAGUGCCCAACGGUGCAGUGAAACAACCGAAUACAGAAAAAGAUUAAACUCGUUUUGACACCGUCAAAAUGCCAGCGGAAUAUUACGAUGAAGACGGAUUUCGGUUGACGUUUGAUAAUGAUACGGAGGACGAGGAGAAGCAGUUCUACAUGCGCGUUUUUCCCAACGUAAGCAAGAUCGUCGACCGCAAGGUACACUGCACUUCAUGCGACUUGCACAUCGGAACGGCUCCGGUAUCGGAAGCGAUCAUUCGGAUGCAUCCAGUGCUGCGAUUAACCCACUGCCGUAGCUGUCACACCUUCUACAACAGUGGCGAGUUCGAUAAGGGUGAAGAUGGCAGCGAGCUUUACUGCCGCUGGUGUGGCCAAGGCGGGGAAGUUUAUUGCUGCUCACGGUGCCCGUAUGUUUUCUGCAAGAAAUGCAUCACGCGAAAUUUGUCCAAGGAGUGCGUGCGUGACAUCGUGGAGAACGAAAACUGGCACUGCUUCAGCUGUGCUCCGAACAUUUUGUGGCAACUGCGUGCCCAGCACUGGGCGCUGAAGAACUUUAUCGAGAAGGAAAAAAAGAAUUUAAAAAACCAGCAGCUAUCCAUCAACACUAUUAACGCACUGAUGAAACAGGACCGUACGUACUGUUGUCAGGGUAAAGGCGCGAAUCGUUCGAAAGGAAGCAUCCCGGCGGGAUCAUCAGUACCGAAGAAAGCAACGGUCAAACGCACGUACGGUGAAGCCGGAUCGAAGAGGACAUCUUCGGAAGAUAGCUCUGCAUCAUUUUCGAUCGCCUCAGUCGACGGUAUGCCUCAGCUAACACAUUCCAUUCUGGGGAACUUAAGCCUGAAUGCGGAAGAGACAACGUCACCGUCACCAGCUGCUAUGCCAAGUACUUCAUCUGCGAUGAUGAAACCCACUUCAUCAGGAAAGGCAUCAGCAGGCAGCGCGCAGAAAAAACAGCCGAAAGCGGUAACGUUUGACAACAAAUCGCCUACAACGUCUGCACCACCGGCAAAGAAAAAGCGCAUCGGUAAUAACGAAGUGGUCUGCACGCCGGACAUAAUGAGCAUGUUAUCUGAUGAAAGCACUGCGGGUGUUAAAACGGUGUCCCGGCCCCAAAUUGUUUCGGUCGGCACUAAAACACAAACACCCAUACCGAUUGCUCCCAAACCAGCAAACAAACCCGGGUUGAACAAUUCGCCCGUCGCUAGUAUGAUGCCACUGUCCAUAGGCAAUGUUUCCACGGGUAAUGCUACCAAGACUAAUAUCCCGAAGCAAAAAGCUAUCCUGCAUCAAUCGAUGCCACGUAAUUUGGCGGUUAGCAUACCGUCGAAGAGGGGAGUCCUUUUGAAUUCUACACUGACGGGCGGCAUGUCGGACGCCGCUUUAAAGCAAGAAACCGUAUCGCAUACGGUACGCGUGCCGUCGUUAGCAGCUCAAAGGCAAUCGAAUACAUCCACACCGUUGUACACAACAUUCGAAGGUUAUCGGAUCGAUCUGCAAACGGCCAGCCAGCAGGGCACGUAUCGAUUACCGAACGGUAAGGUAAUAGUCGUGCGUAGGCAACCAUCGGAAAAUGCGGCUGCAACGGAUACGGCUGCCAAACAGUCAUCACCCGCGGGUGCCGCGAACGCCGUUCUACCGAUGCCGCCCGGUGGUAUUGUUCCAAUUCCAACCGCUCGUUUGCUACUAAACAAUAAUGUCCAGGUGCAGCAGCAGCCAGUAGGUUCGAUAGUCGUUCGUAACGGCCAAGAUCAACAGUUGAAGCGCAUGCAGCAGCAGCAAUUGCAAAAGCAGCAGCAAUUGCAAAAACAGCAACAUUUGCAGCAGCAGCAGCAGCGCUACCAGUUGCAACAACAGCAGCAGCAGCAUUUACAGCAACAUGUAAACAUGCAGAGUCAACAAUAUACACAGCAGCUGCACCGCAACCAGCAACAACAAGGUCCGUCACCAGGUCAGCGUGUGCCACAACUAACGCCUAUACGAAUGCAGCAGUACCCACCGCAGCGUCACCCAUUGCCUACACUUCAACCAGUAAGUGGGGGUGCCAGACAGUCUGCUAAUUCCCUGCCGAAUGCAGCAGUCGUACAAGGUACUCCAGAUUCUACCCAGUCAGAGUUGCAUCCGUAUUCGGUGGUGAGUUUGCUGAGUGGACUCGUGAACGGACCACACGAAAAUACUCAGCUUGGCAAUUCCCGGAAGGACUUCGAAAAGGCAAUGCUGGCGGGUGCAGAGAUCUGUAAGCACAUUCUCGCAAAGGUUGCCACGCUAGUGAAUUCCAAAGCGUACAACAAUGUGCGCAACCUCCAUGAUCUGAAGGAAUUGUUCAUCCAUUUGUCUUACCUUGUAACGUACGGUAUUGGGCGCUUCAAAACGUUGCAUGAUCGCUGCGUAAAUGACGUUAAGAAUAUGGGCUUUACGCAGGAUUCCGAUUUUGUAAUGGUUGGUGACAGGAUGGUCAAUUGCAACAAGGAACAGGACAGCCAGAGCGAGAAUGAGGAAGAUGACGAUUGCAAGAUCAUUGAGCAGCCGCAAACGGUUAUUGAAGUCGAUUCGGAUGAUGAAGCACCACCCAGUAAGGACAGUACGGUGGAACAAACAAAACAGGAGAACGUCGCCACGGACAGUAAUGAGCAGCAGCACGUACAGUCGAUUACGGUGGGAGACAUCCGGGUAACUUGGAAUUUGCUCGGCGUUGUCAACACGCCUUCAAAGUCUCCUGAAAUCGAAGCCGCAACUUCGAGUAGCGUGACGGAAAGCGGUAAAGAAUCGGAAAACAGUCAAAAAGACAGUCAGGUCUUGUCAUCAUCCGACCCUGUUGAAGGUAUCACACGCACAAAGGAUCAUCAGGAUUCGCGGGAUGAAGAUACAACUUCAUCCGAUGUAGGCACAAACCGUGGGAAACUUGCCGAGAAUGAGGUCGAUGAUUCGCCCAGCAAAUCUGCUGUUCAUGGGAAUAACGAACUUCAGACCAGCGUGGAAAGUAAAGAUGAACAGGUGGAGCUGAUCGAAAUAUCCGACAAGGAAGUAUCAGAGCUGUUGGAUAUACACACAAGCAGCGAUGAAGUAACAUUAAAGCAGAAUUCAAACGAACCAAAGGAAACCACUGAACCGAUGGAAGAUGAUGUUGCCCAAACGGAAAAACAACAAAAAGGUUCAAAAGAUUCCGAGCCCGAAAGUAGCGUUGAUAAAACCACUACAGUCAGCAGGCGUGAUACAGACAAACAAACCGCUGAAAGUGUUGACAAAAAUGACGAUAAGAACAACCAAUCUGCAAACGCCAAUACGGAGUUAUUAGAGUCGACAGAGGAUUCGUGCCAAAAAGAGUUGCUAGAAACUAUAUCCGGAACAGAAGGUGGUAAAGGUGGUGACAAUGACACAUCGCUGCUGGAUGAGUUAGAACACUCGUCCAAGGGGAGCAGCUGUGAAAUUUUAAACCUAAUGGAUGCGGCUGAUGAUAGCUACCAUAGCGAUAGUUCUGAUAUGCAGUAUGACUCUGAAUACGCCAUGCAGGAUACGGAGAAACAAUUGAGCACGACGCAUGACCACGAUGAGCCGCAUGACCACGAUGAACGGGAAUCAACAUUGGAAAACACAUGUGAAGAAAAUAAAGCAAAGCCCAAUAGUCAGGGUGACGGCACCGGAGCAGCAGUGGAAUCUGAAGAUUCCAGUGAGCAACAGAAUAAAGAGUCUUAUUGUACAAAGGAGCAGAACGUGAAUGAACCAAUAGAAGCUAUCGAUCUGUUGGAUAGCAGCGAUGAAAGUGAUACUAACAAUACCGUUCUACGUGAAGGUGAUGGAAGUGAAGAAGAUGGUGCACAAAGUGCAGAAAUGGCUGAACAAUCGUCUGAUUCACCAAAAGAAGAGGCAUCGUCUGUUGUAAAGGAUCAGACCAUUGAUCCAGUCAAGGAACAGUCCACCUGUCCGCAGACAUCAGCUGACGAUAAAAAUGUAGAGCAAGAAACAAACCCAUCGGACGAUUUAUCACUUGCUGAUGCAUCAGAAGAGAAGGAAAAGAAAGAAGCAAAAAGAAAGGAGGAAGAUGAGAAGGGAGGCGAGAAGGAAGGCAAGGAGGAAGAUGAGCAGGAUGACAAGGUGGAAGGUGAGAAGGAAGACAAGGAGGGAGGUAAGGAGGAUGAUGAGAAGAAAGGAAAGGAGGAUGAUGAGGAGGAGGGAAAGGAGGAAGAGGAGAGUGAUUUCACCGGCAAGGACAAACAUACGAAAGCUGUUGAUACUGAAGAAGUAGAAACUAGCAGUGUUUCGCAUAAACUACAGAAUGUAGAUAAGGAACCACUUGACAGUAGCGAAAGCGUUACGAAUGAGCUAGCUGAGCAACCAGUUCCGAAUGAUAUUGGUCGUGAGAAUGAGAUUUCCAAUCAAAGUUCGGAAAUAGAAACACCUGAGCAUGAACCAAUGGACGUAGACUCUGAUGUGCAGUCAUCAUCGGUUGAUGUUCCUCUCGUUGAAAAGGAAGAUGAACAACCCAUGGAAAUUACGGAUGAAGAGAAUUUGCAUGAUAUUGAAUUGUCUAGUUCUCUUGGAAAGCAUACAAAAGAGUUGGAGAAGGAACAGGAAACUCCUGUGGUUGAAGUGGUAAAAGAUGCGAAACCUUGUGAGGCACAUUCGGAACAAACUGACCCUCCACAAAUCGCUAAAGAUUGCACAACUGCUGACGACAAUGAAACGAACCGCCAGUGCUCGGUUAGUACCGAUGAAGUAAGCAAAGAGGUGCAACGAUCCACUGAUGAUCUAUUCCAAGAUUCUUCAAAUGAGCAGCUUUCGCAAGAUAGUCCAAACGAGGAGAAAAAUUCCCUAGGCCAUACCAUUGCAGAAAGUGGCGAAAAACAGGGUAAAGAAGAGGUGCUUAGUAGCAGUAGUAAAGAUACAUCGAACGAAUCACAUGCUAGUGGUUCCAGCGAGUCUAGAGUUAGUCUAGAACCGGUCGAAGAGAAGGAAGUGAAGGAAGGUGGUGAAGAGAUGCAUUUUACCAAUCCAACCGAUACUGCUGCUGAACAGGCGGUAGGCUUGAAAGAGAAAGAGGGAAAGGACGAAUGCAAAGAUGUGCAUUUUACUAAUCCACCCGACACUACUGCACAGGAGGAAGAUACGGAGGUGCAUACAGCGAUGGAAGUAGAUUCGACAAAUAGUUAAAUUUCGGAACCACUUUCUCUGUAAUUUGUUUUUUGUUUUUGGUUCAACUCUUGCUCGCAGAUUAUAGCUUACGAAUAUGACCUGUAUUAUCGAUUACUACCCUUUUACUGUAGAAUAUAAUCAGUAAGUUUCGCUACACACCAUCAUAAGCGUAGGUUAAAGGUAAUCCUAUCGAUGUACAUCCCUAAGCUGUGCUUAGCCAUAGGGAGUUAUUCAGUACUGUAACGAAUAACUUUUCUCACAUGUAUGAUAAAUGAAUACAAUAAAUCUGAAUACGAAAUAUUAAAUCAUUCAAA